GGAUUAACGGACAGGGCUCCGCACCGGUUCCCAACUGAUUGGAAGAAACGAAGUGGGUGGAACCUCCGGACCCGGCCCUCGCGCCUCGGUCGCUAGGGACGCUUUGGCCCGGGCAUCACGAUGGAUCGGGACGAGGGGCUGACGGCCGUGGACAACAUAGUCACUCAGUUCAACACCUAUGAAGAUUUCCUCGACUCGCAGAUCACUACCGUGGACCUGUACUACCUGGAGGAUGAAGGCCUGGCCCGCCAGUUGGUGGAGCUAGGCUACCGAGGGACUGGAGAGGUGGUUAAAAGGGAAGAUUUUGAAGCAAGGAAGGCAGCGCUAGAGAUUGCAAGGCUGGCUGAAAGAACUCAGAAAAAGACGUUAACAAGUGCUGGUAAAGACCUGCAAGAUAAUUUUCUGAAGGCUCUGGCAGUGAGAGAAGAAGACAAUCGCAAUGGAAAAGUGAGCGAAGAAGUUGGUUUUAAGUCAUUGGGUUUCUUUUUCAAGUUCAGGUGGCUGGUAAUGUUUUCAGAUGAGAUAGAAUUUUGUUCUAUGCACCAGCAGACCGUGAUCUUUAUUCGUGACAGAAAUUCUCAUGGGCAGGAGAUAUCAGGAUACAUUGACUAUGCCCACAGGCUAAAGAUCGAAGAUUUUGAAGUCUACUUUAGUGGAAAAAGAAGACUUCUUCCAAAACCCACAGAUAUGAGCUUUUACAACUGGGACAGUCAUACUGCUGUUUGGAAUUCAACUCCCAAUUAUCAAGUGAUUGCUGAUAAUCCAGAAGGCUUACUUUUCAAAUACAAAAGAGACAGAAAAAUUCUCAAUGUAGAUCCAAAGGUUUCCCCAGGCGACAACUCUACUAGAACCCCUAUCCAGACAGAACUCUACAUUCAAGCUGUCAUUUUUGACCACAUUUCCAGAAGAAAGACUUAAGUACCAACAUGUUACGUGGUCCCCUAAUGACUUGCUAAAUUUGAAUGAAUUCUAUAACCCGGAGCAACUUAGAAAAUAAAUGAGUUUGUAGAUGGAAGCCAGGUUAGAAUAAUAAAGUUGAUAAAGAAAUCAGAAAGAAAACCAUAAUCGUGACUGUCUUUGUGUGGUACUGAUCUUAAUCUGACUUGAGGUUUUUCUAAAAUUUUCCCAUUAAAUGCUGAAGCUGAUUGCAACAGUUCAUGGGAGAGAAUCUUCUCGCUACUUAUUUUGAAGCUCAGAUUUUCCAAAACAAAAAUGUUCCACGUCUUACUAUUGCCAAAUAUAAGGGACCGAAAUCUAUACCAUGCGGCAGUGCUAUCUACUAAAUUUGUUGAAUAGUGAUAAGAAGUCUGAAAUUGAAGAACAAGAGUAAGAAGAUAUAAAUACAAGAUUUUCAAUAGCUCUAUAUGAGAAAAUAAAAUCUGAAAUGUCCCAUGAGAUGAUGUAUAAAAUGAAGUGUUUAAUAUGUUUAUGUGCCCGGACAAUAUGAAUGCCAUGACCAUGAAGCUGAGAAAAUGAAAUCUAAGAGAAACCAAAAGAUUUUAGAGAAGUGAGGACUUCAUUAGGGAAGAACAUGUUUUCCUCAUGUGCCCCUGCAGGUGACUUUUGUGCAGAAAAGAUAUUAUUCAAGAGGUCACCUGUGAUUUAAAAAUUAAUAUUUGGUUCUUCCUCUUAUUCCUAUUCUCUUCUCUUCUCUUUCUAAGCAAUCCAGUACUAAGGCAUUUGGUUGGGGCCAAGCAAGGUGGAAGUCUGCUCAAUGUGUGGGAGUGGGAAAGCCCAGAGCAGGACAUCAGAGUUCCAGUGGGGUGAGAAGGGUGUAUUCACAGGAGAGGUGAUGGCCUGGCAUGAGAGGGGAGAUUCCACUCAAGACGAGUAGAGUGGUAUUAAAUUAGAAUUGGAUGUAUUUGGUGUGAUCUCACCAUUUUCAAUAUGUACAACAAAUACAGAAUAUAUGUUAAUGUUUUAUGCAUGCAUCUGCCCUUGCUCUGUUCAAUAAGAGGGCCUCAAAACAGCAACACCCAAUAUCAAUGAGCUCACAUCACACCCAGAUCUUGGCUUCUCACCACCACUUUCUACCAAAAGGAAGCAGGCAUCCUUGGGAAAAUGACUGAUUCCAGGGCUGAGACAGGGAAAAUACAUGAGUCUAGAACAUCUUUUUGUGCCAGAAAGCAAAGAAGUUCUUGAAAAAUGAAAGGGAUUUAUCAAAAGGACACUGAAUCCACUUUGGAAAAGUUCCUACUGGUCAAACCUGAGACAGUUUGGGCAUCAAAAUAAAUAAUGAAAACCACAGGCAGACAGUAGGAAACCAUGAGCCCAUACUCAACUACAUAAAUGAAUAAAUGGAAAGUUUGCUGAGGAAUGGGAUAUUUACAUAGUAUCUCCCAGAAAAUAUGUAUUAGUUACAGAGGGAAUAAUGGAAAAAACUGGAAGAUACCACUUUCAACAAGUGAUCAAAGAGAAUAUGUUUAGUAAUGAAGCAAACUGAAUUUGUUCCCCACCAAAUAAUAUGCAACAGAGUAACUCAUCAUCACUUUUGUAAUAAUCCUGCCAAAGUUGCAUAACCUGAAUAUAAUCAAGAGAUAACUCAGAAAAAAACAAAUCCAUGCACAUUAUGCUAAAUAACUGUCCUGAGAUCUUCAAGGUGUCAAGAUCUUGAAAAUAGAAGACUGAAAAACUGUCUCAGCCUGAAGGAGACUAGAGAGACAUGAUAAUCAAAUGCAACACAUGAUUCUGAGUUAUAUCCUUAUCCUAUAAAGGGAAUCUGGGAACAUCUGGUGAAAAUUGAGUCGUUUUUGAAGAUUAGAUGGUGGUAAUGUAAAAAUGUUUAUGUCCUGAUCUUGAUGAUUAUGUUGUGGUUAUAUUAGAAAAUGUCCUUGAUUGUGGGAAAUUACACUAAAGUGUUUGGGAGUCAAGGGGCAUCAUGUCAGCAAAUUGUAAAUAUUUCAGUGGCAGGGGAGGUCUUUGUGCUGUACUUGCAAUUUUUUUGUAAUUCUGUGAUUGUUCUGAAAUAAAAAAUAUUUGAUUUAUUAUAUUUAUAAAUUCAAAACUCUA